CGUUAUCCCAUCUCAGCAACAAUGGGGAAGUCAGACGACGGCGCCCGUGGCUCUUUCGACAGCGAUCAGCCCCCUCCGUUUAGCAUCUACAAGGCGAAGACCAACCAAGUCGACAACUUGGAAGGGAGACAUGAUAUCGCCGCCCAUGACGCCCACCUCAAUACUGACGGGGAAGCACUCUACCGAUUCAUCCUGGACCAAAGCAGCGAAAACAAGCCUAUGCUGCGAUUGGACAUCGAUGGCUCGAGCAUCAGUAACAUGACUGGUACUCCCCUGACAAAAACGGAUUUCUCGUUCUACAUCGACGUCCCUCUUCCGGCUGAACUGGCUUCGCAGGGCGUCCAGUGGUCUCUCAGCGAUGACGAGCCGGCAUACAGAGGACGCAGCUCCCGCGAGGUUGAAAAGGACAACAAGAAAGACAAGGCGAGCUCGAGCCAAGUCAAGGCUUACCUCAAAGAACGUGAAGCCCGCAGAGAAUCCGGUCUGCCACCUUGGGCUAUGAACCUGCCAUCUGACCAGCUGCCCAUUCGAGGAGAAGGAAUGUCAGAAGCUAAAUAUAUCGAGAAACUCUGGGGCCUCGAACAAAACGCUUGGAAGAGCUCCAAGUCGUUGAGGGAAUGGGCAGAUGAUUUUUGUAAUGCUUCAAAGUCGCUCAAGGAGUUUGCAUUCCAACAAGAAGUUUACGGUUGGGAUUUUAACAAGCUGCGGUCGCUUCUCAGGAAAACUGUAGAGGAGCAGCUGGGCUACAAAGGGGAUCUGAGCUUAGAUCGCUGGAAUGUCAGAGGGCGUAUUUAUGUGCGCCCGGACAGUACAUUCUCCAAGCUAGUGUCCAAAAUAUGGCAUGGAGGAGGAAUCUGGAAGCCGGGUUCAAGAAACGAGUUGGACUGA